AUGACGCCCUUCGGGGUGGCCGUUUGUCUGGGUGUGGUGAACCUCCUGGUGGUAUGCGGCAACGUGUUUGUGUUGUACAUACUAAUCAGCCAGAAGUCGCUACACACCUCCACCAACUUCAUCGUGCUCUCGUUGACAGUCUCCGACUUUGCCCUCGGAGUCAUCGUACUUCCGUUCAGUAUCUUCCAGGUAUGGCUUCAGAUAAUUGUCUAAAACAUCUUUUGUACGAAGACAUACGUGACAGAUAUUUAGUAUCGUCGCAGUAAAGUUUCAAAAUUUUAUUUUAAAAAUUUAAAUUUUAACUAUUUAUUUUAGGAAUACUCUGAUUCCUGGAUGUUUGGUACUGUCUGGUGCAAAACCUGGCUAGCACUGGACGUACUCUUCAGUACGGCGAGUAUCUACAAUUUGCUCGCUAUCAGUUUCGACCGGUAUAUGGCCGUAAGACAGCCCAUCAAGUACCGGUUCAUCUCGUCCAAUCGCAUGACCAAGAUCACCAUCGCUGUCGUCUGGAUGAUCUCGGCCGCGCUGGCCUUCCCACCUUUGGUAUACGACCAUUUCGGUCAAAUCGACCCUGCCAUCCACGGCAAUUGGUCGGAGAGUAUGGGCAUUAACACGAAGAUCGCCCCAGGCCAAGGAGAGUGCACCCCCAUGACCUCCAACAACUUGUACAUCUUGUUCUCGGCCUUCGUAUCUUUCGUGCUGCCUAUGUUCUUGAUGAUCGGACUCAACUUGUCCAUCUUCCAUACUGUAAAUGACUCUACAAAGCUGACCAAGAUCAAGAGCAAUGGGACGCCAGCUCCAUCGUCAGGAAACUACAACAGCGACGAUCAGAAUUCGUGGAUGAGAGUUCAUCGUGGCGGAGUCAAAAGUAGUGUUUGCAGUCGAGUAAGUUUACUUUACAUUACCUUUUCUUUACUCUCAACAUAUCUUACAGUAAUUGUUUAAUUUUAAAUAUGUUCCAAACAAUUCCUAUUUCAAAAUUUAUUUUAAUUUGAAUUAAGAAGUUGAGGUAAUCUGUUGAUAUUGUGAUUGCGAAAGCUGUGUCUAUGUGUGCUUAAUAUAUUUUCCCAUGUGGAAGAUUACAUUGGCUACCGUACCCGGUUUCCUCUCUAGUUUAAUACUGCAAUUAGUUUUUAAUUACUUCUUAAUACUUUACAUUACAGGCCCCGACGGAAGUGGUGACUGUCACUCCAGGCCAACGCUCAGUCUCCAUGAGUGUAGGAUCGGCCAAGAAAGUGUCGUUGAUGCACCAGAACACGACUGUCACUCGCCCGAAGGUAUCGUAUCCCCCGAGCAGAAAAACCACCUUCGACUUCGGAUUCAGUUUGGAUCGUGACACGAUGUCGUUAGCUUCUACUGACACUGGAGCUCUGCUAGCGACUGAUGGGUCAGAUCCGAAGGCUACAUGGCUUCAGAAGAUGAAGAAGACCAACCUGAUGGACAGGAAACAAGCCAUCGUUGAAGCCGACCGAGUAUCAUACUAUUCAAUGGAAAGUCAGCCCGCCUGCAAUUCUACCCCAGCCACCCUCUACCCCUGCCAAUCAGUGAUUCAGAAGUCAGUUGACAAUGUCUGGUACCCGGCUGUCAUAACAUCCUUGAUCGCUGGGAAGAAGCCUUCCAAGAAGCACAGCGAACGUCUGCUUCUGUACCCGAUGCUACAACUAAACAGAAUCUCGCUACGUACCGAACUUCGUGUAGCCAGAACAAUCGGAGUUGUGGUAGGGUGCUUCACGGUGUGUUGGCUGCCCUUUACCAUCAUCUACAUCUUGCAGGUGAGUCCUAUGACACUUGAUAUCACACUUUGCGUAAUCCCCGGAUAUUUGCCGUUCGGUAGCCUUCUGGUAACCUUAAGUUCUUUGACGCAAGUGUAGCCGUAAUCCCAUAUUAACAUUGAGAUUAUCUUGUUUUAGGCCUUCGAAACGUGUCCCGUCGGUCUUUGUGUACCGCCGUGGAUGUUUACCCUCGCCUUCUGGCUAGGCUACGCCAACUCGGCCCUGAAUCCAUUGUUGUACGCUGCCUUCAGCCGCGACUUCAGAUCCGCCUUCAGAAAGGUUUUGACAGAUCGUAACAGCAGCUUCAGAAGCUACUAA